AUGUCGGAUGACAAGGUAAUUCAGCCAACUUUUGAUGCGACCACGGGUAAUGAUGUAGGGGACCAGACUUUGAACUCGGAGGUACAGACAGGGACAACAGCAUCCUCCUCGACGUCGAUUUCAGCGUCGAAACUGUCUGAAGAAAGGAACAAUAACUUCGAGAUCGAAGACGAAACGCGUGGUCCGUCCCACCAGGGUGAAAGUGACCUUCACCAUGUGGGGGAUGAAGGGGUUGUGGGUACAGCGAAUCGGAAAGGGGACAGCGCUAAUUUAAGAUCAAGUUUGGUGAAGGAUGAAGAGAAGGGGGAGAACGUUGACCUUGACAAGGAUUCGAACCCCGCAUCCGAGACCAUAAGAGGGGGUAUCUCGUUAACCCCUGAUGAUGAAGAACAACUGAGACGAAGCGCUGAUCAGGUGACGACGGACCAAGAACCUGCCCUGAGAGAUGAGGUGGUGGGCGGAGGUGAUGCAGCGAUGAAAGGAGAUGGACAAACGAAACAAAACAAGACUGCCACAGUUAGACGCACGGGUAGCAGAAAGAUAGACGGGGAUAAUGUGAAAAAGAAACGCAUAAACUCGAAUAAAGGAAGGCCCAAAUCAAGAAGUGCAAGAGACAGUUCUCAGAGUAGAAAUAGUUUUAGAGAUAGUAAAAAGGUAGUUCAAGAUCAGUCUGGAAGAUAUUCCCAAUCAAAGGAAGGGUGCCUUGGGGAGAGCAAAGCCAGUAAUGAGACUACAGAAGGAAAGGUUGCGGAUAUGACAGAUGAACCUGAUACAUCGGAGGAAAAGAAGGAUGUUCCAAAAGAUGAAAAUGAAGCACAAAACGUCGAUGGCAGUUUGAGUCUUGACGCGUCAAUGGGUAGCGGCACCUUGGAGAGUGGGGGAACAGAACGGAACGAUGCAAUAUUGGAACGGGAUUCUACACUCUCACUAGGUGGGACGGACUCAAGGGUAGCUGAAUCUCAUCAACAGAACGACAAGAAACCUAACGAAGACGACCAUCUGGCUAGUUCUCAGUCACGUUUAUCAGUCCGUGACACCGUCACGUCACAGUCACACACAGGAAGUGACGGCGCGUCUCCAGUUGCAUCUCCAAGACGUAACAUCGAUUCUAGACAUAGAGAGGGCCGACAGACUGGGCGAAUUGGAGACCGUGGACAUAGUAGGCAGUUGGCGUCAUCAAGUCGUCUUCACAGAUAUUUGGUAAGUUAG